AUGAUAAAAGAACUAGAAAUAAGCGAAGACUCAGACGACUCUUAUUUGAACUGUGACCAUCCACGUAUUGUUUGUGCUGACGGAGACAUUAUAAAUGAGACUGAGCCUGCCGAACCGACUCAAUCCGACUCACCGAAAAAGCUUAAACGCAAAAGACAAAGGAAUACCAGUACCUGGAAAAGUAAUGUCAGGAAAGCUGCGCAUGACUCAGGUAAAGAAUAUGUCUCUGUAGGAAAAAAAGUAGUUUCAGCUGAAAGGAUAAAAACAGUAAAAGACUGCAAAUUGAAAUGUAUGUAUAAAUGCCAACAGCUUAUUACUGAAGAAGAAAGAAACCAUAUUUUUGAGCAUUAUUAUACCUUAAAUGAACAUGGGAAAAGAUUAUUUCUUCUAGCAACUUCAAAACAAUUCAGUGCUGAACGACGUCGAAAAAAUAAAAAUGCUGAUAAUAGUCGAAGAAAGCAGACGUUUACCUACCAUUUUCAGUUAGGGAGUCAGAACAUUCAAGUUUGUAAGAUGUUCUACUUGGGCACGUUAGCCAUUAGCCAAACACCGGUAUACACAGCUCAUUCAAAGAAGGAUAUUUGUUCCAAUAUUCCUAAGACACCAACCCAAGGAAAACAUAUUAAAUAUAAGAUAUCAGAAAAUGACGUUAAUUUUGUAAAAAUGCACAUAGAUUUCUUCCCAACAUUAGAAUCGCAUUACUGCAGGGCAAAUACGCAGCGAAAAUACUUGGAUCCAUCUUUGAAUAUUAAAAAAAUGUAUUCCCUGUACAUUAAACUUUGCACUGCUUCCAACAAAACAGCAGUAAAAGAAUCUUUUUACAGGAAUAUAUUUUGCAGUGAAUUUAAUUUACAUUUUCAUGUCCCCAAAAAGGACCGUUGCGAUCUGUGUGAGGAAAUGAAAAUGAAACUACAGGAAGACCAAUUAUUGGAGGCUGAACAGAAAACCGUAUUCGACAGACACCUUGGGGAAAAAGAAGCAUGUCGUUUGGAGAAAAAAAAAAGAUAG